AUGGCUGACGAAUCUAUCAGAAUGGUCUUAAUUGGCCCACCAGGUGCCGGCAAAGGUACUCAAGCUCCAAACUUAGUUGAAAAAUUUGGUGCCGGUCAUCUAUCUACCGGUGAUAUGCUAAGAUCCCAAGUCGCUAAAGGAACUCCAUUGGGUGUUGAGGCUAAGAAGAUCAUGGACCAAGGUGGUCUUGUUUCCGAUGAGAUCAUGGUAUCUAUGAUCAAGGACGAAUUAGCCAACAACCCAGCCUGUAAGAAUGGUUUCAUUUUGGAUGGUUUCCCAAGAACUAUUCCACAAGCUGAAAAGCUGGACCAAAUGUUGGCUGAAAGAGGUACUCCUUUACAGAGAGCUGUCGAACUACAAGUCGAAGAUGAGUUACUAGUCGCCAGAAUCACUGGUAGAUUAGUCCACCCAGCUUCCGGUAGAUCAUACCACAAGUUGUUCAACCCACCAAAGGUUGAAAUGACUGACGAUGUCACCGGCGAACCAUUGGUUCAAAGAUCUGACGACAAUGCUGAAGCCUUAAUGAAGAGAUUGAACUCAUACCAUCAACAAACUGAGCCAAUCGUCGACUUCUACAAGAAGAACGGUAUCUGGUCGGGUGUCGAUGCUUCUCAACCACCAGCCACUGUUUGGGAAUCAAUCUUAAAUGCUCUAGGUAAGAAAUAA